UUUGAGGCACUGAGACAUCCUGAAAGUGCAACAAGGCAUGACAUAAAUUCACUUCAUUUUUAUUACAACUUUGGGUUACAGCUGAAGUGCUUUGCAAGGUUCCCCUCCCCACCAUUAUAACAAAGUAGGAUGCUCACAUAUGAACUUUUAAACUGCAAUGUAUUGUCAGAACAAUUCCAUAUUUUCUGUGAAACAUUUUAGCCACUGCUUUGAAAACUAAUUUUAAAUGUGGUCCUAAUUUAUUUUGCAUGUGCAGAUAUCUUCCCCACUCGUGAGUUUCAACACCGUAGCAGAAAGUAUCAGAAUUUACAAAGAAAUCAGAAAAAAUGCAAAAAAGUUAUAUUUUGCUCAUUUUUAAGUUUCGCAAGGGUCGAAAAAAUUGCCAUAUAAAUGCAUUCACAUCUUGAACAUCCUUCUGGUGAUCAAUCAGAAUCAGCUGAUUAGGUGCAAACUAAGUAUUAAAAAUCUAAAUAAGCCUUUUGUAGUACUCAAGUGAUGCAGGAUAUUAAAAUAAUAUGCAGCGUCCUUUUGAGUUAGAAAUUCUAUUUUGAGUCCAAACUGAGAUAUUAGUAUUUAGUUCUUGGGUUUACCACAAAGCCCUUUUGGAGAGGGGGAGGGGAUGGCGUUCUCUUCAAGUUAGGUUUGAUACUACCCUUUAUGUGCAUGUAAUGGCGUUUACUUACGCAACCAGAAAGACAAUAAAAAAAGCCUGCUAUAUUGACUUUUCCGUUCAAGUGUGCUGAAAGUCGAUGGGAUUCAAAGGUAAAUGUAAAAUGGACGUUAAGGCGAGGAGCUCCGGAGUUUCACCAUCUAACCAUAUAAUGAAAAACGCGCUCCUUCCCUUUCACGCCGACACACACGCACACGAACAACUAACUUCAUUUCGUUUGGAUUCAAAGUGUCUGAAAAAGUGCUUUUGAAGUACAGCCAUGGAGAUGCAAAGCCUUCAAGAGGCACUGAAAGUAGAAAUCCAGUGUCACCAGAAACUAGUUGCACAGAUGAAGCAAGAUCCACAGAACGGAGAACUUAAGAAACAACUGCACGAACGACAAUCCCGAAUAACAUCUCUUAGUGAGAAGCAAAAGCUUGCAGUGAGAAGUUGUCCUGUUGGGAGCACCAAACCUAUUUCACUCAUCAAGGCACCUAACCAGAGCAUCGCAAUAUCAGUGGUGCCAUCCAAGAAUCCCAUCACCAUGGUUACUGCACACAUUAAUGGACAGAAGACGGCUAGUACAGAUCCUCCACAGAUGGCCCCUAUCAACCUCCAGACAACAAGUAAACUGACAGGGAGCAAUUUGAAUUCCACUGGAAGGCGGGUUCCAGAGACAUCAAACUCACAGACUGUGGGAACUAUUACUGCAGUGCCCAUCAAGGUCCCCCAAGUCAGCUCAUUACAGAGGUUGGCAGGCCAAGGACCCCCAGUGCUACCUCAGGUUAGGCCAAAGACCCUAGUUCCAGACAGCCUCUCAGUCACUCUGUGUCGUGACCAGACUUCCAGUCAGCCUCAGUCUCUUCAAAAAAGCACCAUUGUCAGCAUCAAGAACCCAAGUCCGACUCUUCCCACUGCCAAUAAUACCGUCAAUCAUGUGCAGACAUCGACUAGCCAAACACAAAACUUUGCAGAGUCGUCAUUGGUUACAACACCGAUCAGCAGUGCUGGCGUGGCUUUUGCAAUCAUCUCUGCUUCCCCCAACAAUGGCAGUUCCAUGAGCAGCAGUACAGUCUCCCUGACCAGUGACACCAUCAGUGUUCAACCUCUUCUGCUCAGCACAGAUAAGGUAUUAAUCAUUCAACCUCAAAGCCAGACACAAACAGAACACUUGACAGAGAAAAGAAAAACUUCAGUAGAACAACCACAGGGCCAUCUUUCUGCAAAAUCAAAGAGAGAAGAAAAUCCCGAGAAACUUGCCUUUAUGGUAUCCCUUGGCCUGGUUACUACUGAGCACUUGGAAGAAAUCCAAAGCAGGCGCCAAGAAAGAAAGAGAAGAAGCACAGCCAAUCCAACAUACAGCGGAUUGUUUGAACCAGAGCGUAAACGAAUUGCAACAAGCUAUCUAAAUGGUUCUUUGUAUAUUUCAACAAGAGGUGAUAUGUUCAUAAUAACUGGACAGGGAUUUCUUCAAGCAAGCUCAAUUGAAGUCCCUGGCAAUGAUUUGAAGAGUAUUGGGGAUGACAUUCAUGAAGAUUAUUGUACAGUGUGCAAACGUAGUGGUCAACUUCUUUUGUGUGACACUUGUUCUCGUGUUUAUCAUCUGGAAUGCUUGGAACCUCCCCUUAAGACAAUUCCCAAGGGAGUAUGGGUCUGCCCCAGAUGUCAAGAAAAGGUAUUAAAGAAAGAAGAUAAUGUAUCAUGGCCUGGGACUCUGGCUAUUGUCCAUUCCUAUCUUGCACAUAAAGCAGUGAAAGAGGAAGAGAAAAGGAAACUGUUAAAGCGAGGUACUGAGUUAAAGUGUGAACAUGAACAGCUGGAGGAGAAGGACAGAUUGCUCAGUAAUGCUGUCACGAAAUGCCUGGAGUUGAAAACCAGUCUCAUAGCUAAACAGAAAGGAACUCGGGCCUCCUUGGAACGCGUGAAAACUCUGAUUAGACUGAUGCAGAGUGAACAAGUGAUCCAGGUUACAAUGAUGACAACCACAGCCACCUCUCGAGCAUCCCCACUGGUUUCCCUCCCAUGGAUCAAGCCUUCAGCUGCAGCAGGGACCCCUCCAGCCCCCUUGAAGCAGCAGUCACAAGGAAAGAACUAAAAGAACUGGGCAAAUUCAGAUUUAAUUAUUGUUUGGGAAUAUUUACACAUUUUUAUGUGCAGAAACUGAGGGGUAUGAUAACUGAUCAGUGCAGUACACUAUGCAGACAAUGAUGGAGCAAAAAUGCACCAUGCAGGUAGUUUGUACUGUGAUUGCAAUCCUUUAAGCCACUACUUUGAAAGCUAAAGAGAUUUUAAUUUUUUUAUUUUUUUAUGUUGGCCUUAACUUAGAUUCUGAAACCAGAAAAUGGCUGAUUUUAAAAAAAGAAGAAACAUUUUUUCACUUCUCCACAACAGGUGUUUUGAACACUAGUUUGCCUCAUGGGAGAGGGAAGGAAACAAAUCCAUAAGCAUUGGAAUGCACUGCAGUAGACUGACAAUUACCACAACAGAGCUGUAACAUAUAAUGCAUUUUCCAGUGAAAUGGGGAUCUUUUUAGGACUGUACAUUACUGUAACUAAGUUCAAACAUGCAAAUACUCGGUUAAGACAAUGUCUGACAUAUUUAUUCAGGUGACGCGCAAAAAACGGUUUUAUUGUGUAUGUAUGGGUCUUCAGAGCAUUCAAACAAAGUUUAAUUUUUUCAGUAUUAAUAUAGGUAAGAAACAUAUAAAAUAAAGUAUGAGGUUAGUAUUUAAAAUGGGACAAUAAGUACAGUAUUUUCCUGCUGAUGCCUAUGAAACAUGUUUUAUCAAGUAUUUAAAGGGUACAACUGCAAAACUUAUUUUGCAACUUAUCUUACUAUUGACACUUUUGUGCAGACUAAUCUUGGAAAAAGUAUAGUGGGUAUUUUAGGAACGCUAUGUCUUCUUUCUUUGCUUUUUUGUUUAAGUACUGUAUUUGUUUGCCAGAUUUAUAUUUAAAAAUAAUGCCAAAAAUGUUUUCCUCCUCCAGUACUGUAUUUGUAUCACAGAAAAGUGACAAUUUAAAGAAACCCUGGGAUAGUGAUAAAGUUGAGGGGUGUUGGGGAAGGAGGGUGAAUAUCUGCUUCUUGGUACAUGUAACUGCCUCAGACUUGCAACAGAUAAUUGGCACUGAAAAUGUUGAUGCUGGAGUCAAGUAUCAUAAAUUAUAAAAAGGUUUACCACAUUUUGUAGACCUCUUGUUCUUUUAAUAAAUAAGUAACACUCCAAGAGCAUUAACUAAUUUAGACAGCUUGAUUCGCUAGCUAGUCUUCCUGAUAUUUAAAAAUAGGGGUCUGCACCUUGGGAGGCCGCUGCAUUUUGGCGUGGGAAGCUUUAGGCCUGCUCUGGCAGUGCAUGGUCCCUUCAACCAUUUUCACAAUUCCGGGAAAAACUGUGCAGUACAAUGCAAAUCUAUUUUAUUACAGUCAACACUUCAAUGAACAAGAUUUUAUAUUCUUUUACUGGUAAACAAAAAGAAAACCACAAAAUGCUAUUGGUGUAAUGCCAAUAAGCAUUUUGAUGUGGCUUGCAAUGUAAAUGUUUCAGGUUAAAUGUUUUUUGAUGACUAAAGAGAAAAACAAAUUGUUCAGUUAUAAAAUAUUAAACAGUUGAAUCAUUUUUUUGAAGGUGGGAUGGUGGGUGGUGGUUGAUGAAGAAGUCUUGGCCUGCUAGUUUAGUUCAAAAAGACUGUCCAGUGGAUAGUGUGCAUCAAAGUGAAUUAAUCUUAAUUCUGCCAAUGUAGUUCUUUUUUAAAACAAAAUUAAAACUGAAUUGUGAAA